AAUCUUAGCUUUGACAUUUUCAAUGGUAUCUGAAGGCUCAACCUGGAAAUAAGAGAGCCUGUCAGUUUUUAAAACAGUAACGUGGCUAACAAGACUUCCCAGGAUAUUGAUUAACGUCAACUUGUUACCAGCCAAACGUCAAGAACAAAUAUCACUUAUCAAAUGAUAAGUUACAUGUUAAAAUAUAGUUCAAUUAGUUAGCCGAGCUGACCUGGUCAUUUCCACGUGUAUACGCAGGGCCAUGCUAUUAAAAUGUAGCUAGCUAACGUUACUGUAACAUUAGCCAACUAGCUAACGUAGCUAUUUGCGGCUACUCCAAUAAAAAUUAGUUGACUUACAAAUGUAGAAGUCUGAUUGAUUACUGAAAUGACGCAUUCUAGAAUGCUUUUUAUUUUUUUAUCAUGUACACAUGCUCCGCUAGUAGAGGCAAGAAGCCCUCCAUCACAACUUGUGACACAAGCCCCAAGUACCCACCUCGAGGGUUAUAGUCUUCCCAGUGAGGGUUUUGACAAAAAUCUGCAUCUUGGCGUUCAAUCCACCUGCACAUAUGAACGAUAGCGUUGUAUUUAUAACUAUUUCAGAUUUAACACAGUAUACAAUGUCGUUAUUAUGGUAAAUAAUGGCCUAAAACAGAGAGCACGAUCUUACCACAGGUCUCCUGCUAAUGGCGGAUCAUGAGAAGAGGGCUUUCGACGCGUGCGACGGGGUUUUCGGGGCUCGUCUGCAGGGAGUAGGUGUGAAAUAAGAUGCCUGUUCAAAAUACCUCUCUCAGUAAAGUUUAUUUACAUAACGCUUAUUUUCACCUUAACAUAUGUUGUUUCGUUUUUAUAUGAAAAUAUGAAAUCAGUUUUGAUCGUUUUUUUUGUUGUUGUCGAUGUUAUAAAUACAUUACCCAACAUACCCUGGAGAUGUCCAUAGCAACCUUCCUGUUUAUCUUUUGGACAUUUAUCUGCAAUAUUUCUCCGUGUUGGAGAAAUGAAACCAUGCUCUAAGCAGCAAUUGAAAAUCAUAAGAAAAUCAUGUCUGGGGCUGAAAACUUACAUCACUCCGCAGAAGAAUCUGAAAGAAGAACCUUGCCACCUAUCAAAUCUGCCAGUGACAAGUAUUUCCUAGAAUCUCUUGGUGAAUACAUUCAACAUGAGAUGGAACGUCUGAUGUGUCCAGACGAGGGACCUGAUGAGCAACGUUACAUCAUUUACAGUUCUGCAUUUGAUAAGGUAAUUGAGUAUGCAACUGCAUACAAAACCAUUCUCACUUCCAUCAAGAAAGAGUAUGAUGAGUUUAUCUGUGCCAUAAAGAAGAGUGAGUGUGAUGCCAAGUUAGCACAUGGGAAACUGAAGGCCAUGGUGGCCCAGCCCACCUCCCUUAUGUACUGUCAGAGAAGAGCUGUCCAGCUUCAGGAAAGGAUUGCUAUCAUUCAGAGAGACACUGCAGAGCUGCAGGCUGAGUUAAAUAGACUACAGGAGUCAAGGAGAGACAAGAGACCCUCAUUGCGUCAGAAGGCCUCAGACAGCAAGACAUUACGGCCCGUUGGGCAAAUUCCAGGUCUGACAUUUGAUGAGUCGAUGAACCCAGCAGCUCUGGCAAAGCAUUUGGAGUACCUUGAGCGAAAGCGAGCCGACCUGCAGAUAAAGAGGAAGAGCCAGUAUGUAUCUGUUUCUGUCAAGGAUGACCUGGACAAUAAAAUGCGAUCCGCCCUGGACCAGAGGGAUGAGCUGGCAGUGGAGAAUGAGAGACUCCAACUCCGAUACAAAAAGAUGAAGUUUCUGAAUGACUCCCUCAUGACAUGGGAAAAGACAGGAAAAGAAGUCACUCUACUGGAGUUCAUAACAUCAAAACUGGAGAAUAUAUUUGAUCUGAAAAUGAGCGACACUGAUUUCCUUGGCAUUAGUGCAGUAGUGUUUGAAGAGGAUGAUCCCAGCAAGGUCAAUGAAUCGGAGCUCUUGGUGGAUUACAUUGAAAGGUUCAUUGACCUAUUUGAGGGGGGUGAGUAUGAGGCAGCUGCUUUCCAUGCUGCCAAAUCCCCUCAUGGAGUUUUGAGAAACAUGGAGACAAUGGAAAGGUUCAAAGCGGUCACAGUCUACCAGGGCCAGGGGGAACUGCCCCCUCUGCUUCUCUUCUUCCAGGCACUCAUGAUCUCGGUGCAUGCUGGCAAGCAGCUGCCUGGGGAGACCCUGUCAGUGGAGGGGGUCCGGUGUGCCAUGCAGCUCAACUAUGUAGAGCUGGUCACACACUGGGUAACCCAGAAGAGGCUAACAUACAGCGAGGCUCUGGGGGAUGUGAUCUGUGAGCAUGGAGACAGGAAGCCGCGGAUGGCCGACACAUGCUUGGCUCUGGCCCACAUCGUCUACAAGGCCUGCGGCGUGCUCAGGAAGGCCGCACUGAGCAUGUGCAAGAGAGGCAUGACCAGCAGUACUAUGGAGUUCAUCUAUCAAAGCAAAGGCUUUACUGCAGGUGACUGUCUGUUUGUGCUGAAGGGUUGUCCCAGUCUGGCUCUUCUCCAGGCGUUGACUCAGGAGUACCAGGGCCAGCCUGCAGUGCUUUCUUUGGGCUUUGCCUGCCAUGCUCUGCUCAACUCUGAUCUGGAGGACCUGGCACUGCAGAUGGUGGAGAAAACACAUUCAAGUGGCCAAGGUACUUUGGAGAAGGUGAUUCUGGAUGAUACUGGGUGUUCUGCAGAGAACUGGGGUGAGAUAGCAGGUUGCUGUGGCCAGAAGAACAAGCCUUUACUGGCCAAGGAGAUCCUCUCCAUUCUGCUGUCUCAGUCAGGGGCCAUGCGCCUCUCCCCUGGCAUGGAGAGCUCCAGGUUGAUGCAGCAUGUGUUCAUGUAGAGAGACAGCCACCAGAGGGUGCCCAUGGGACAGAUCUGCACCACCAAUCCAAGAGGCCUCCCACCAUGGCAAGCCCAUUCAUCACUCACUGCGUCAUACUGCUCACUGCUCACAGAGAGAAAUGCAGUCAUCCACACUGGUCCUCCAGAUCAUUAAAUAAUUUCAAUGUGAUUUCACUUUGAUUAAUAUCACAAGUGUCAAGUUCCAUCUUUAUCAGAAAGCACAAAGCAUUGCCAUGUUAUUAAAUUGAUAUCAAUUGAACAUUGUCAAAGGUCACUUAAUAGUUGGUUUAUUAGUUAUUCCUCAAUAUAAUUGACUCUUAACUAGACUCAGAAUUUCAAACAGUUUAAACUUCAUCUAAGAAAAUUAUCACUAUGUGUUUAGAUUUGGAUCAAUGGCAUCUCCGACAUCCAACAUAAUUCAUGGUGACAAGCUCUACAGAAUAUUGAAUUUCCCUGUAAUAAAUUCCCCAUUUCCUGCCUCCAGAACACCACUGACUAAUCCUUGGUGGUGUUAGUCAUUAUCCCCACAGGAGGUAAGACCUGAUUGUCGCUCCCUGAGAGGCGUGCUAUUACCUAUAUACACUAUCACCAGAAAUACGAGGAGGACACAAUGGUAGAUAGAACAGUAGCUCACUAACCUUCCACUCACACAGUGGACCCAUUGUCCCAGACAGUGCAGGGCCAGUCUCAGUCACCCUGCCAUAUUAGAGUGAAUUAAGCUUCCACACAGCACAAACAACACCCACCAUCAAUAAACACAGCCUCCAGUUUCCUCUGUCUCUGCCUAGUAGACAUGAAGCCACACUGAGCUAACUGUGUGUCUAUGAUUCCCACAGUUAAUCAAUUCCGCUCAUGUCUGGGGCCGCGUUUCAGUGUAUAUCUGUUUGAUCCGUUAAUGGGUUAGUGAAUGGACGUGUGUAGUUGAUGGCCUUAUGUCAUACUAAUUUAAACUCGGAACCGAUCAGCUGUGAUAUUGAAAGCAGGGCUCUUAUAGAGACUUUUAUUCAUACACAUUGUGUACAUUUAGCAUCAGUGUUGUGAUUAUCAAUAUACUGUUAUUGAUGCUGGUAUCUCUCCAGGCACUAGAGCUGUUUAGCCCCCACAAUCUGUGCUGUUAGCUCUUUGGACAUCACUACUUGUAUUGUUAGCACAAUGAUACUAGCACUGUGUUGUCAGACGGCAGACUGGAGGCAGCUGGUAUCCAAGGGAGACGGAGAGAGGAAAAAAGAGGGGGUUGGCAAUAUGUGAGGCAAAGAUGGAGAGAGAGUAAGACUGACAUGCUGGUCUAGCAUCUCUAUUACAGAGAGGAAGGAGCAGAGAGACAUUGUGUAGGGGAAAACAAGGAACAAAGUGAGAAACAGGGAGAGUGUGAAAAUCAGAAAAUGGUAGCGGGGGGUGAGAGAUUAUGCUGAAUCAACUCUUCAUGGCGCCAUCCCUGCUGCUGUUAUUGAUCUCCCGCAGUAAGAGGAGCUGGAGCUGGCCUGGCCUGCUGAUGGCCCCACUGCAUGAAACAGCUCCCCAGACACCCUACCUCCCUGCCCCCUCACCCCACAGCUCACAAAGAACCCUAGUGCCCUGCCCUGAGGCCUACCUCAGCCCUGAAUCUCUGUGUCAAGGGUAAAAGGUGUUGAGUUCUGCCUCCUCACAUCUCUUGUUUUCUAUGCUAAAACUAUUAUCAACAAGAAAAAGCCUUGCAAUCCAUCUUCCCUAAACGAUGCACUCAAGAGUUGUGUUUUACAAGCUGCCUAUUAGUCAGGAUUCAGUUUAUGACAGGAUGUAACAGGAUGCACUUAGUGUCCUUGGAUAGCACUUCUGGAAGAUGUAGAAAUAUUGAUGGUAGUUUUUGCUAGUAUCAUAUUGUCUUGAAUGGUCCUUUAAAUAGGUUUUUGCCUGCACCAUCCUCCCUGUCAGAACCUGUUUAACAGCUCAGGAUUUUUCCUCUGUAUUCCAGCCCCAGCGUGUUUCUCAUCUCCCAGAGUGUGGCACAGAUAAGGGCCCUCUCCUCAGUCCAGCAACGUAAUGUGAACUGACAGCCGUGUCUAGCUCACACAGCCUCUGGUCUAGAUAGAGCUCAGUACAGCAGACCAGCAAAAAUAGAGAGCAAGGGGGGCGUUGGCCCUCAUGUUUCACAUCCAGACAGUGUCCACAGUGGUUUGACUUACUUUUAGGCCUUUGUUUGAUAGAGCAAUGCUAGUGGUAUACAUGGUUUUAAAAGGAAUGUGGUCAGGACUAAAUAGCUGUGUCAAGCCUUCUAUUUCUGAUCCGUGAUUGAGCAGACUGUUGCACAUUUGUACUGGGGUGGGAAGGGGAAUCUUUGGAAUAAACAGCGCCACUCUCACACUUUG